CAUAUUACAAAAACAAGUUUGUGUAGCAUAGAUUUUUAAAAUAUCCCAGUUAAGAAGUGGAGCAGUACAAAAGCAUACAAUCAUUAACAUAGAGUUCACCGAGGAAACAACAAUGCUUGGCCUAUUGUGUCUGUCAUUUGUAGUUGGUGCUCUUGGAGCCCCGCAAACUUCCUGUCAGAAUACUUGUGGAUCUGACUACAGACCUGUGUGUGGAUCCAAUGGCGUCACAUUCAGCAAUGCAUGUAAGUUGCAACUGGCUUCUUGCCAAUACAUGCUGCGAGGACUUGGUAGCAUCCGCGAGAUAUCCAGUGGUCCGUGCAGCUAUGUGUUGGGUGGUCAGUCCAGCUGUGACAAGAUCUGCGACGAGCAGGAGGUGAGGUCCCCGAUCUGUGCUUCCAACAGCAUCGUGUACGAUAACCAAUGUCGCUUCAACCUGGCUAGGUGUGAUGCUGCCAAAAAUGGCACCACCCUGUACAUUGUGUCCUACAACGAUUCCUGUCCUGUCCCAGUAGAGCCUGACUGUGAGAAGUAUUCGUACAAUACAACAGAUCUGGCUCUGGAAGGCCAAGUUGGUAGCGGCAUCACCACUCUAUGUCCCUCCAACUACCACCCCGUCUGCACCACCCAGGGCACUUUCACCAACGAAUGCAAAUACUGCCUAUACAUCGACAGCAUCUUGUCCAGUCCGAAUUUCAACGCUGCUGAUCACAAGAUCAACUACAAUGGAAACUGCCACCGCUACAGCCAAGGAGGCCCAUUUGGUAAAUGAUCUGUCCAAACAAGCACUCCCAACUUGGAAUAAAACAUACCACUGAUAUAUCACAGUUCUGUUACACUGUAAACAGUGAAUAACAACAUCCACAUAAGA